AAUUUAUAUAGAACCAAUAAUCAUGACGUCAUUCAACGAAAUAAUUAACAAACAUUCAACCCUUUCCAUAAAAUUGUGAUCACGUGGUACAAAACUCCAAUAGUGAAGUCUGAUGGAUUGGUAUCACUAUUCACUAUUGCUAUUGGAAGCUUAAGAUAACCGGCGGCGCCGGUUAUUAUAGAGCGCUUUAUCGGUUGUCCAAUGUCCAGUAUUCUACGCUGUGUAUGCGGCGGCGCGACUCUACGGUGUAGUUCUAGUUCCUUAAAUACGCUUUUAUUUCCUCAUAAACUCACUCGUCUAGUGAUAACAGAGAACCAAUUCAAUAUAAGCUAAUAAGCCGUUUCCUCGCCACAUUAAACCAGUGACCAGUCUACUUAUUGGCGACAUCGAGACAGGAAGUGUAGUGUAAUAAUUUCUGUUUAUAAAUUCUCGUUAAAUUCAAGAUUUGCAAUGGAAGAUUUAAGUUUCAUUCCUAACAUGCUAAAUGGGCCUUUGGAUCUUUAUAGAAAUACUUCAUCAUUCGACUGGAAACGAUUAAAGUUGGCUCUUGAAGGAGAUUUUCAGUUAUUAAGACUUAAGUACAAAAUAUGGGAAACAUUAGAAAAUGAUCCUCUAUUUGCACACAACAUAGUCACACCACCUGUUGAAGAGCAAAAGAGAAUUACACAAAUGCAACUGCAGAAGAUCAAUCAGUACAAGUUCUUAACUGAUGAAAUAUUUAAUGCUGGCUACAAGAAAAGGACAAGGACUCUAAUGACAAUAAAUGAGGCUGUACAGUCACUAGCACCUAGUGUUUCAGUAAAGAUGGCAAUUGGUAUUUAUUUGUUCUCAAAUGCAAUUUUAUCCCUUGGUACUGAACGACACAGACAAUUUUAUGAAGCCACUAUAAAGGAUAGAAAGUAUGUGGCAAGUUUCGCACUUACGGAGAUUGCGCAUGGCUCUGACGCUAAACUCAUGCGCACCACAUCCACUUACGACCCUAACACCAAGGAGUUCGUUAUACACACACCAGACUUCGAAGCUGCUAAAUGCUGGGUUGGUAAUCUAGGUAGAACGUGCACGCACACGCUGCUUUUUGCACAGUUGAUAACUCCUGAUGGCAAAAAUCAUGGUCUUCAUGGGUUCCUGGUACCGAUAAGGGAUCCUCAUACAUUGGAGGUGUACCCUGGACUCAUUGUCGGAGAUAUGGGAGAGAAAAUCGGUGUUAAUGGAAUUGAUAAUGGUUUCAUAAUGUUCAACAAGUAUCGAAUACCUCGCGUAAAUCUUCUUAAUCGGACUGCUGAUGUCACGGAAGAAGGUGUCUAUGAGAGUUCCUUUUCUGAACCCUCACGGAUACUUGGAGCUGCUCUGGAGAACCUUUCAGCUGGACGUAUCGGAAUAAUGCAGGAGAGCUGUCACUCGAUCUCUAGCUUAGUGGCGAUCGCAAUACGAUACGCCGCGACGCGCAAACAGUUUGGCGAACGGCAAAACGAGACAGCCCUGAUUGAAUAUGAAUUGCAUCAAUGGCGUCUUUUCGGGUAUGUCGCGGCCGCUGUCGUGUUCCGGUUCUACCUGCAGAACUUUGCGAAUGUCUAUCUUCAGAUAGUUGAGAAAUCAAACAGUGGUGACGGUGUCGAUAACUUGACUGAAGCAGUAUCAGAGAUUCACGCGAUGGUGUCCUGCAGCAAGCCUUUGCUGACCUGGACGGUGCUAGAGGCCGCACAGCAGUGCCGGGAGGCCUGUGGUGGACAUGGUUACUUGAAGGUUGCCAACAUAGGUGACAUUCGCAGUAAUCACGAGCCAACAGUCACAUAUGAAGGUGACAACAACGUCCUUUCCCAACAAACAGGGAACUGGCUUCUUAAGCAAUAUGAAGCCGUACUCAAUGGACACGACGUGGACUCACCCUUAGGCACAGUCACUUUCCUGAAAGACUUCAAGACGAUACUAAAUGGCACCUUUACCUGUAAGACCACGGAUGAAAUGAAGAAUCCUAAAUUCAUAUUGUCCACUUACAAAUGGCUUCUAUGCUGGCUUAUAAAGUACACGCACGAGAAAAACGAAGCCGAGUUAGCAAAAGGUCUAACCAAGAUGCAGGCGAGGAGUCGAAGUCAAGUAUACCGAUGGAGAAACCUCACGAAGGUCUACGCCGAGUAUCUUGCCCUGGUCUUCUGCCUCGAGAGCAUAGAGAAGACCGAAGCACAAUUACUUCCAGUUCUGAACAAACUAUUUUGUCUUUAUGGUUUAUGGUCAUUAGAUAAACAUUUGGUGGAAAUGUACCAGGGAGGGUUCUCUAAAGGUGAAGAAUUAGCGCGCCUUUUACGAGCAGCUAUCUUGGAAAUGUGCGCGGAUUUGAAGACCGAAGUUGUGAGCGUUGUGGAUGCGCUUGCGCCGACCGAUUUUGUACUCAAUUCGGUUUUGGGAAAGAGUGAUGGAAACUUAUACCAGCACUUGCAAAAAGCCUUCUUCAGCCACCCCGGAGCUUUCGAACGAGCUUCAUGGUGGAGAGACGUCGUCAAAUCCAAGUUAUAAACCGUGGUUACAUGUGCUGGUUGAACAUUGGAAUAUUCCCAGUAAUAGAUCUAUCGUAGUACAAUGUCCCUUGCGGAAGUCUUGAUCAUAUUCUUGGAAACGUUUCAUACAAAUUUUAUAUGUCAAACCGAUAAAUCAAUUUACACAUAACUCCCAUGCCAGAAAAGUACUUAAAAGUUAUGUCAUUGCAAUAUAUUUUUUUAAAUUAAAGUAAACAAACACGAAUUUAUUUAGCGAAAAUCAAAAUUAUUCAAAGUAUUUUCUUAACAUUUUUUAUUAAAGUGAAAUAGUCAAUUGAAACAUCAAAAUCUAAAAAAAAAUAUUUUAAUGAAUUUAAGUAUGACAAGAUUUCUCAAGUAUUUAUAUAGACCAAAUCUUAGCUGCAUUUAAGACAGUGAUGCUGUAGUGUAACAAGUCGGUGACUUUUAUAGUUGUUUGUUAUUCAUAUCCUCAAGAGAUUUUUCACUUCCGUCUGGUGUAAUUUAUACAAAAAAAAAAAAAAUUAGGCACUCCACUUAAGUUGUCACAACGUGCGGAGUGCUUAAUUUCAAUGUUACUGAAAUUCUUAACUCAAUGAAGAAUGUUAAUAUUUUACUCAAAAACUAUUAUUAUAAAAUUUGGACUAUAGAUAGUAUGGUUGCCAUAGUUUUGUAAAUAGUAACUAUGGUAACAAACUCAUUGUCUAGUCCAUUUUAAUAAUAGGCCCGUAUCAGUCUUAUUUUACUUCAACUAUCGUCAUUUGUCUCCUUAUUUUAAAUUGUGCUAAGGCUAUGAUGGAAAGAGACAGUAGACAAAUUGGCGUAGCAAUUAAACUGAUAUAGUUUUUUUAAUGUUAUAAUUUUAACACUGUUAUUUUUAUCAUUUUGAAUGGUUCAAAUCUAUACUGCGACUCAGUCUUUAGUUUUUAUAUCGAGAAGUAUGUAGUCUUGCCCCUAAUGACAGAUAUCUGCAUAUAUUUUUUAAAUAUUACAAAAAGUGUAUACUGCCGGAAAUUAAUACGCUGGGUUACGAACCCGUGUUUGUUUGAACGCAUCUAUUAUUAUUCGAUUUCAGUUCAACUUAAAUUUGUUAAAUGCCUUUAAAUUUAAACAAAGUAUCUUAGUCAAUAUGCGCCCCAUAGAUUUAAACCAAAAAAAUAUACAUAUUUUUUUUACAUACUAAUUGUUAUAAUUUUGUAUUAUAAGCGUAGGAAAUAUGACAACAGUGAUUCAAUACACCUCACUAGGUUAGAACAUUAAUUUCCUAUUUAUAAUUUAGGAAUGUUUAAAUUGUUGCAAUUUUUGCUUAUUUUCCCCGAAACUACUAGAAUAUGAGUUCUCGAAUAAUGCGAAAUAAUUGGUUGUGAUUGUUUAUGGAUUGGUGCAACACAACAGCGAGAUAUAUUGUGUCAUUUAUUUUGAAUAUAAAGAACCAUAUUUGAAUCCAAAGUAUUUACAAUAGGAAAUUAAUUUUAUAUGAAUUCAAUAUACAACGUAGAAUUACUUUAUAUACAUUUUUGAUGUGUAAAAUAAUGGUUUUUUUAAAACAAAUUUCUCUAUAUUCUUAAUGUGUUUCUGCAUCUGUGGUAAAAUAUUUUAUUUUUAUAUGAUUUUAAAAGGUACAAAUUCUUCAUAAUAUAAUAUAAAAUAUAUUUCAAAAUUAAAUAUCAUCCAGGUGCCGUGAUAAGAAACUGAAGUCAGUCAAGUUCAAAUGUCAAUUGUCAUCUGUCACACGACACGUUAAAUCUAAAGUUUAAUAAAAUUUGUUUCUAAGUUUAAGAGUGAAUGCGAUGAAAACCUCGUGUUGUUCCUCUCCAAUAUCUCCAAGUGUUUUUUUUAUGUACGUUAAUGUUUUACAUUCCUCAUUGUUGCACCAAUCAAUAUUCAUAAAUAAUCGAAAAUACUUUGUUAUUAACAACGGAAUGUUUGCAUUUGUUACAGCAUUUUUGUACUGCAUUUUAUUAUUUACAUGCAAGCUAAGCUUCAAUAGAAUUAUUAAUUUAAUUAUUUUUGUAUAACAAUUAAGGCCAAGUAUUUUAUUUUAAUUUCAUUAUUAUAAUAACUAUUGUUCAUAUAUUAUGGUGGAUAAUACGGAAUGUUUUAGGCUUAAAAUUGUUUUUGAUGCAAUUUCUAAGGGAGCGUUCAAGUAUUACGUCACGCAAUUUUCAGAGAUUUUUCUCGUUUGUCUAUAUAUCUAAAAGCUACCAUUAUAUGGUGUAAAGUACUGAAAAGUCAAAAAUAAUAUUAACAAUAACGCCUAAUUCGAUCCCCGCCUCGUAACGUUAAAUAAGAUGACACACACAUCUCAAAAAAUUAGUUACUUAAUACUUGAACGCUCCCAAAGAAGUUUGUAAACUUGGUCUUAGUAAGUUCUAUAUUUGAAAUAUAGUACAGGGUAUGAACAUAUACAGUAUUUAAAUGAAGUUAUAGAUAGAUAAAUGUAUUCUUUUUUAUAUUCCAAAUUUCUAUAUAUUCUUAAUGUGAUUCAGCAACUCUGUGGUAAAAUAUUUUAUUUUUAUAUGAUUUAUAAUUAGUGCCUUCCUCAAUCUUUAUGUAAUAAAUAUUGUAAUUAUACGUUUGUCUUGUUUAUAGACUUAAUAUUAUUGUUCUUUAUUCACAGUUCUGUGAAAAUUAUUAAAUGAGUAAAAAAAUAUUUGUUUUGUUUAAAAAUUGUAUUUUAUAUAGGAAGUACCCUAUAAAGAAUUGAUCUAUGGGACUUGUGUAUAAUGGAUCAAAUUAAACAAUUGAUUCGAAUAAAAUUGUCUUUAUUGAUAAUUAAGUACAGUGAAGUCUUCUUACAAGGAACUUAAUAGUAUUUUGCAGAUCGCAAUUUGUACCAAAAAAAUAUAACUAUAUAUGUCAAAAUUUUCUAGUGGGAUUACGACAGAACAAUUAUCGAGGUUUUGAUUGAUGGGAGAUAAUUAUGGGCAGGUAAUAAAGCCACGAUAUUAUUAACCCAACUUCUUUUUUAUAUAAAACCUAAACUAAAUAGAGAAGUAUUCGAUAAUUAUUAAUUAUAAAAUCCUUUAACAGUAUUUUAAAUAUCAUACAGAAAUUUUUUUUUAACAUUAUUAUAUACACUGUAUAAACGCCAUGACAGUUAUUUUAAAUUCCACUUAAAUAAUUCCUAUAAGCUUCUGAUUUAAGUGUGGUAAACAAAUAUAUGUUUACAAUUUUUUGUCUACGCUAAAACAAUAUAUUUAGUACAUUUCUGCAUAGCUGAAAUUAGUUGAGCCUUCCUUAUAUAAUCGGUGGCCAGCUUUCUAAAUGCAAUAUUAUGCGAUGUACAGAGUAUUCACUUGGCAGUUUAUUGCUUAAAUAAAAACUACAAAAUACUAUAGAAAAUUACUAAUAUCAAAAGAAUUGCAUUGAUUCAUUAUGAUUACAUUCAUACAGCGUAAUGCUUACGGCGGGUAAAACAUAGGGGAUAUAGUCAAUGAGCAUUAACACUAUCUUUAACUGAAAUCAUAAUUACAAUUUAUAAUAUAUUUCCUAGUAUCGUGUCGUGUGUUCGAUUUAAAACGUAGAUUAGAUUAUCAUCGUCGUUCAUUACCUAUUUGCAAAUAAAAAAUGAGAUACCAAUAUUACCCUUACGCAAGUAAAGUGAUAUUUCUAGUAAUAUACAACCCUAGCCCACAAUCCACAUUAGUACGAAUUAAAUUUAUUUAUUUGUAAGUGUUGCAUGCAUUUAAUAAUAUUACCUGACACCGGUACUUGUCUGUGUGAUUAGAAUAAAAAGGUAAUAAAUCGUUAUCGUAAGACAUACUAAAUCUAUCAACCUGUUACUAUAUAGUAUUUAUUAAAAACAAUUUCAUUGAUAAAACGUG